AACAAUGUAAGAACACCGAGAACGCGAGAGGCUGAGGGAGGCUCGUUAGAGGGGGCGUUAGCGAGUCCUGGGCGCGCAGAACAGUGGAGCCGUCGGACUACAACGCAGUGCAUCUCGGGAGGCCAGUUCGACGGAACUCGGUGAGAGGCUGGUGGGGCGGGGCCAGGCGGCGGGGCUGGACGCGCGGCUGCGAUGUCGGAAGUCCGGCAGCCCGCCCAUGCCCGGCUGUGAGCUGCCGGUGGGCAAGUGCCCGGAGAUGUGCCCGGCUGCCGAGCGCGCCAGGCGCGAAAAGGAGGGUCGCCUGCACCGCUUCGAGGUGGCGCGGGGGUGCCGCGGGACCCGGCCCCGCGCCGACCCUCAGCGUGCGGUGAAGGAGUACAGCCGGCCAGCCGCCGGCAAGCCGCGGCCCCCACCGAGCGAGCUGCGUCCGCCCUCCGUGCUGCUGGCCACUGUGCGCUACCUAGCUAGCGAGGUGGCAGAGAGCGCCGACGCCUCCCGUGCAGAGGUGGCCAGCUUCGUGGCCGACCGCUUGCGCGCGGUGCGGCUGGACCUAUCCCUGCAGGGCGCUGGCGACGCUGAGGCAGUAUUGGUGCUGGAGACCGCGCUGGCCACGCUGCUGGCCGUCGUGGCAAGGCUCGGACCCGAGGCGGAGGGCGGGCCCGCGGACCCAGUGCUGCUGCAGACCCAGGUGCAGGAAGGCUUUGGCUCGCUGCGGCGCUGGUACGCGCGAGGCGCAGGGCCGCACCCCCGCCAGGCCACCUUCCAGGGCCUCUUUCUGCUGUAUAACUUGGGCUCAGCUGAAGCCCUGCAUGAGGUUCUGCAGCUGCCCGCCGCCCUGCGUGCCUGCCCGCCCCUGCACACCGCCCUGGCGGUUGACGCAGCUUUCCGGGAGGGCAAUACAGCACGCCUGUUCCGCCUGCUCCGGACACUGCCGUAUCUACAGAGCUGUGCGGUGCAGUGCCAUGUGGGCCUCGCCCGCCGCAGAGCCCUGGCCCGCCUGGCUCGUGCCCUGAGCACUCCCAAAGGGCAGACCUUGCCUCUGGGCUUCAUGGUCCACCUGCUGGCCCUGGAUGGACCCAGUGAGGCACGGGAUCUGUGUCAGGCCCAUGGACUGCCCUUGGUCGGAGAGGAGACGGUUGUUUUCCUGAGAGGUCACUAUGCUGAAGAAGGGCUGCCACCUGUUGGUACCUGCAACGUGUUAGUGGGGAAUAAACUUCGAGGGCACACCCUGGAAGAGGUGGUCAUGGCAGAGGAGGAAGUCGAAGGCGUGGACAAGCCCAAGCCCCCAACAUGAGGAAACUACAGUCUCCCAGAGCCCAGGACUGGGUGAGAGCCCUGAGGGUACUUUGUUCAUGAUUCCAGACAAUAAAAGGAACUCGCCUUGUGGGA